ACCAUGGUACAAGUAAAAUGUUUAUAGAUGGCGCUGUAGUCAAAUGCCGAUACUGCGAUAGGUUUUAAUUUUUUGAAGUUAUAACUCUAGACUAGACUAGAUUUCCUGAUCUAACCUACUAUCUAUCAAUAUUAUUUUUAACAGUAACUAAAUCUAGAUUUACACCUCUUAGAUCUAGAAAUACGUUUUCUACUAAACUCUGCAAGUAAAGACAGCACAAUAAUUCAAAAUGAGCUACAGAGAUCUGAGAAAUUUUACAGAAAUGAUGAGAGCUUUAGGAUUCCAUCGUCUUAUCUCUAUGGAAAAUUUUAGAACCCCAAACUUUAAAUUAGUUUAUGAAUGUCUUAUUUGGCUGAUGAAGAGAUAUGAUCCUAAUGCUGAUCUUGCAAUCGACAUUGAUACAGAACAAGAUCGUGUGAUAUUUAUUAAAACUGUUGCAGAGUUCUUAGCAACAAAGGCUCAUAUAAAGUUAAACACCAAAAAGCUUUAUGGAGCUGAUGGCUAUGCUGUGAAAGAAAUGCUUAAAGUCACAAAUGUCCUGUACAAUGCCACCAAAAGUAAUGUAGCUGGUAAACUGGAAUCAGGGGCUGGAGAUGUUUCCAGUGUUGCUUUUGAUGUUUCCUCAAGGAUAAAUGAACUUAAAGAGGCAAGAAGAUUGGCUUCAGAAAUCACAGUAAAAGGAGCACAGUUGUAUGAUCUUUUAGGAAAAGAAGUUGAUCUCAGGGAACAGCGAGCUAUGGUUGUAGCAAAAGCACUAGAGAUAAAUGAAGUGGAACAUGGUCUUCAAGCAUCCAUUGAAGCUGUCAGGAAUGAAAUUCAAAAAACAAAAACCAUGCUUGACAAUGUUGCAUCUGAUGAAGCCAAUCUAGAAAUAAAGAUUGAAAAGAAAAAGAGUGAGCUUGAAAGAAAUAACAAACGUCUUCAAACAUUACAGAGUGUUAGGCCUGCUUAUAUGGAUGAAUAUGAACGCCUGGAAGAAGACUUAGAGAAACUCUAUGAUGCUUACAUGAUCAAGUUUAGAAAUUUAGCAUUUUUGGAGACACAGCUUGAAGAACAGAACAAAGUUGAACAAGACAAAUUAGAGGAAACUGAACAGCAACUUAAAGUUAUGGCUGAUAAGAUCAAAACAGAAGAAAGAAAACAUCAACAGAUUUCACCAGACGAUGAAGAUGACACAAAUAUUUUUGAUGAUGAUAAAGACUCUGAAGAAGAAUUGCCCAAAAGAGCCAGAGUUGCUGAUCGCUUCAGAACUGAAGCAAGUAAUACUGCUCCUGCUAGGAACUUAGCGCCUGGGCCACAGAAAGGUGGGAAAAUUGCUGGCGGUAUGAAUCCAGAAAUUAGUGAGGAAAGUGGCUCUGAAGGUUCUGGUGAUUCUGACAUUGAUUUAGAUGACGAUGAUGAUGAUGAUGAGGUGGAUGAUGAUGACGAUGAUGAUGAUGAUGAAGACUUUAAAGCAAUUAGUGGUAUGCCCUCUCAGAAAGCCAGAAAUCAGCCACCACCUGAUGAAAUGGAUGAUAGUGACUUCUGAGAAAAAUUGUUUUCAUAAAUUAUUGAAAUAUUAAGUUGUAUAUAUUUAUUAUUAAUUCUAAUGUUCUGUAAUUAAAUUUACAAUGCAAUAUAGA